UCACCAUCUUCCUUCCUCUUCCAGUUACAGCAAAGUUAAACAAUUAAAAAAAAUAAAUAAAAAAAUAAAAAGACCAUAAUCUGAAUAGAAACACAUUACAUAAUGACCCGUCAAAGCAAGGAAAGUCAUUUUCUGGAGGACGGCUCCAUUGAAUUUCGUAGUGAGAGAAAUUUAUAAUAAUUUAUGACCCAAAGAACACAAAAGUCUUUGGAAAUUCAGUCCCUUUGUUUCCACAUACGCGGAUUUGGCCGAAAUUAUUAGCAUAAUCCAAUCCUAACUUCAUCUCUCUCGUGACUUCCAAAUUCACACUUCUUUAAACAUUCACUCAACCACCGCUAAACUGGUUCAUAGCAUGCCACCGUUUCCAAACCCACAAAACACUUUCCGCCAAAAUCUCUCACCACUCCAAAAAUAUCCCCUUUCCUUGGGGAAAUAGCACCGUUCCUCAAAUCACCAUCUGGGUGCCACCCAAUUUCGGAAAAUACAAAAUUAAAUUUCCGAUGGCUUCUGGGGCAAUUUUCUCGUCGCUCCGGCGGCGUCGCUCGCCGUCUCUGGAGGCGUUUCUGGCGCCGGUUGACCUCUCCGGCGUGAUGCUGGUGGAGACGCUCAUCUCCGUCGCCGGCGAAGUCGCGUCCUGCUUCUCCGGCCACCGGUUCCCCUUCCAGCGCCGGAACUCGCGUUCCCUCAUCGGAAAAGUCGAGAUUUUUCGGUCAAUGUUAGAGUGUUUGAGAGACUCCGGCGGCGGCGCUCUUCCCCCCACGGUGGUGCUCUGCUUGAAGGAGCUUUAUCUGUUGCUGUAUCGCUCCAAGAUUCUUCUUGAUUACUGUGCCCAAUCGAGCAAGUUGUGGCUGUUGCUUCAGAACCAUUGUGUUUCUGGUCACUUCCAUGAUUUGAGCCAAGAAUUCUCGACCCUUUUGGAUGUUUUCCCCGUUGGGGAGGUUGGCCUCAGUGAUGAUAUUAGGGAACAGAUUGAGUUGUUGCAGAGACAAUCCAAAAAGGCCAAAUUGUUCAUAGACAAGAAAGAUGAUGCACUUAGGAUAAGGUUCUAUUGGUUUCUUGAUGAGUUUGAGAAUGGAAGGGUUCCUGAUUCUAAGGACUUGAAGUGUUUCUUUGUGGAUAAGUUGCAGAUUGUUGAUGCUAAUAGUUGCAGGGUGGAGGUUGAAGCCUUGGAGGAGCAGAUUGUGAAUCAUGAGGGCGAUGUUGAGCCAACAGUUCCUGUGCUUAAUGGCAUGGUGGCUAUCACAAGGUAUUGCAGGUUUUUAUUGUUUGGAUUUGAGGAAGAAUUGGAAAUUGAGAUUCAGAAGAAGGGGAGGAAGAGGUUGAUUACUCAGGAAAUUGCUGAAACGUUUUUGACUGUUCCCAAGGACUUUUGCUGUCCUAUUUCAUUGGAUUUGAUGAGUGAUCCUGUGAUAAUUUCCACCGGUCAAACUUAUGAUAGGAGGUGUAUAUGGAGGUGGAUGGAGGAGGGACAUUGUACUUGUCCCAAAACGGGGCAAUUGCUUAGUCAUAAUAGGCUUGUCCCUAAUCGUGCUCUUAGGAAUUUGAUUAUGCAGUGGUGCACUGCACAUGGGGUACCCUAUGACCCCCCUGAGGUGGCUGAUGCAUCUGUUGAGAUGUUUGCAUCAGCUUGUCCCUCCAAAGCUGCCCUUGCAGCUAACAGAGGGACCGCCACGCUUCUCAUUCAACAACUCGCUGAUGGGUCGCAGGCUGCAAAGACUCUUGCUGCUAGGGAGAUAAGAUUGCUGGCGAAAACUGGAAAGGAAAAUCGCGCCUUCAUCGCGCAAGCUGGGGCCAUUCCUCAUCUUAGGAACUUGCUUUCCUCUCCUAAUGCUGUCGCACAGGAGAAUUCUGUGACUGCAUUGCUCAACUUGUCUAUUUAUGAAAGGAAUAAAAGUAUGAUCAUGGAGGAGGAAGGGUGUCUGGGAUCAAUAGUUGAGGUGCUGCAAUUCGGGCUCACAACUGAGGCAAGGGAGAAUGCUGCUGCAACAUUGUUCAGCCUCUCUGCUGUCCAUGAGUAUAAGAAGCGAAUCGCUGAUAAUGUGGGAGCUGUUGAAGCACUGGCAUGGUUGUUGCAAGAGGGGACUCAAAGAGGGAAGAAGGAUGCUGUUACAGCAUUGUUUAAUCUCUCCACUCACACUGAGAAUUGUUUGAGAAUGAUAGAGGCAGGGGCAGUCAAGGCUAUGGUUGUGGCUUUGGGGAAUGAAGGAGUUGCUGAGGAAGCAGCUGGUGCCUUGGCCUUGAUUGUUCGGCAGCCGGUUGGUGCCGUAGCUGUGGUAAAGGAGGAAGCAGCGGUUGCUGGAUUGAUUGGAAUGAUGCGUUGUGGAACGCCGAGAGGUAAAGAGAAUGCAGUUGCAGCAUUGUUGGAGCUGUGCAGGAGUGGCGGCAAAGCUGCAACCGAGAGGGUGGUUAAGGCACCAGCUUUGGCCGGAUUGCUUCAAACUUUGCUUUUCACAGGGACAAAGAGGGCAAGAAGAAAGGCAGCUUCACUUGCUAGAGUGUUUCAGAGAUGUGAAAAUGCAUCUCUGCAUUAUGGUGGAUUAGGUGUGGGUUAUGCAUUUGCUAGUGACUCAGCUUCAACUAGGAAUACUACAAGCUUUGUGAGUGAUGUUUCACUUCCGAUGUCUAUUUCUGUUCCUGUGUUAUAAUGGUAAUAUUCAUUCCCAUUUUUAUAUGUUCUUGAUUUUUGUUGUAACUCUAUAGAUUCUUUCAUUGAAAUUGAAAGUCAUUGAGUAUAGGAAUACCAGAUGUAUUCUAAGAAUGAUGUGUUGUUGAGCAGUUAGCUUCAACCAAUGUGUAAUCACUUAUUGCAAGAAAGAAUACAAAAUGUUCUAAAGUGGAAUUAUUAGAUCA